AUGUCUUCUUAACAAAAAAAUAUGUUUACAUCCUCAAAUGAAAGAUUGAGGAGUAAUGAACAUUUGUCUUAGAGCAGAUCUACUACUAAUAAUUAGAGAUAAAUGUAACUCACAACCCAUUAAUUGUAAUCACCUUUUGAGUUACAGAUUAUAAAUAGAGAAGAGUUUUAAUGCAAAUAAACUCCUGGAAUCUAUUUCAUUAAUAAUGAGAGAAUAAGAAACUUAGGAUAAAGAUAUGACCCUCAAAGGAGCUUAUUGAACUCUAAUAGAUCUAGAAUAUCUCAAUAGAAUUCUCCCUAUUCUCCGUUUACCUCUCCUGAGGAUGCUAAAAAUAAAAAAAGAGAUAGUUCCUAAUAUUAAGCUUAUUUUGGAUACGAAGAGUAUGAAUAUACUAAUUAGGAUAAGAAAGAAUACACAACUAUUUAUUAUUUCAAAUUUUUUGAUAAAAAAAAUCCAAAUAAUGAUUAUUUCCAUGAGAUCGUUACUUAGGCUUGCUUAAAAAAAUUCUAUUUUAGUGUGAUGCUCAAAAAAUUAAUAGGCUUUUUGGAACAAUAAAAUUCGAAUAGGUACUGUGAUGUAUUUUGUAAUUAAGUUUAUUAUGACCGCUUGAUUUAGGUGAUUGAUCCAAAUUAUUAACCUUAAACUCCAUAAUAAAAAAGAUCUUUUGAGAAUUUAGAAUAAACAAAAUAAAAGUAUUUGAAUAGUAAAUUAAAAUUCACAAUAAGAAAAAUAAGUUAAGAUGAAAUAAGUUCAACAUAUUUAGAUUAAAAAGAUUUCCCAUGCCAAUAAUUCUCAUCAAUCAGAAUCCCUAAUCAAUAUUCAUGCCAUGAAUCAGAAGAAUUUCUCAGAACAGAAGAGUUUAAUCAUUAUCUUGACAAAGAUUUAAAGGAUCUAUUCAAUAUUAAAUCAAAAUAAAAAAUAAAAAAUGAAUUUAUUGAAUUUAAUGGACCAAAAUAUGAGGAAGAAGAAAAUGAAAUACUUCCUUAUUACCAUUCACCUGUCCAUAGAGACAAUUCUCGCUCUCGUUCACGUUCCCCUCUCAAAUGCGUUAGAUAUGAUUGA